GUGUGGUAGGAGGGCCUUUCCCUCCUUAGUUAGAGCAAAGCAGAGCCGAUCCAUGGCACAGCAAAGACUGAACCGCUGACGCAAGAUUGGGGCAUGGAAGAGACCAAAAGGCAGAAGAGAGGAGUUUUUCUCAAACAUGACUAAACGUUUCAUUCUUGGGAGUGGCCAGGAACUUAUUUAAAGGCUUGAAACAUCUGCCUUCCCACAUCUGGACACACAUCCUGAUCCAGAAGUACUUUCCGGCUUUUUCUGCACAUUCCUUGACAAUGGCCCACAACGGCCUGGAGAUUAUUUUCAUGGGUUUGACCUGCUGCCUGCUUGUUGGUGCCGAUUUGAUUACAUCUCCUGAUUUAGCAGUCUCUUCUUCUCUCUGCGAAAUGACACCGAAAGGACUGCAAGAUGAUCCAGACCUCAAGUUCCUCCUGAGGGGGAGCCACCUCCUGAAAGUCAAGUCCGAAUCAUGGAGGAGGGAAAGGUUCUACAAGCUCCAGGAGGACUGCAAGACCAUAUGGCAGGAAUCCAAGAAGGUGUUGCGAUCGCCCGAAUCACACUUCUUCUCCAUCGAGGACAUCCAGGAAGUGAGGGCAGGCCACAAGACAGAAGGGAUGAAAAAAUACGUCAAGGAUAUACCUGAAAACCGUUGCUUUUCAAUUGUCUUCAAAGGCAACAAGAACACCCUGGACCUCAUCGCUGCCUCUGAAGCAGAUGCCAACCACUGGGUCUCCGGGCUGAGAAAGAUCAUUGCCAAGAACAACAACUUGAACCAGAGGCAGAAAUUGCAACACUGGAUCCAUGCCUGCUUGAGGAAGGCAGAUAAGAAUAAGGACAACAAAAUGACGUUGAAUGAGCUCAAGAACUUCCUGAAGGAAAUCAACAUCCAAGUGGAUGACAACUAUGCGCGGCAGAUUUUUGAGCAAUGUGACACAUCUAAGACAAACACCUUGGAAGACGACGAGAUAGAGAUCUUCUAUAAGAUCCUGACAGAGCGAAAAGAGAUAGACCGGAUCUUCUCUGAACAGUCCAAGGGCAAAGAGACCAUGUCGUUGGACGAUCUGGUGGGCUUCCUCCGGACUCAGCAGCAUGAGGAGAACGCUGGGUCCAAACUGGCGCUCUCGCUGAUCGAGAAAUAUGAACCCAACAAAACUGUCAAAGGUCAGCGAUCUAUGACCAAAGAUGGUUUCCAGAUGUAUCUUCUGUCAGCUGAUGGAAACAUAUUCAAUCAGAAUCACACCCGGGUCUACCAGGACAUGAAUCAGCCGCUCAGUCAUUAUUAUAUUUCAUCUUCACACAACACCUACCUCAUGGAGGAUCAACUCAAAGGGCCCAGCAGCACAGAGGCCUACAUCAGGGCCCUGACAAAAGGCUGCCGAUGUGUGGAGCUGGACUGCUGGGACGGCCCCAAUUCUGAGCCGGUCAUCUACCAUGGUUAUACACUCACCUCCAAGAUCCUUUUCUCCGAUGUCAUAAAAGCCAUCCGGGACUAUGCUUUCAAGACCUCUCUGUAUCCUGUCAUCAUCUCCCUGGAGAACCACUGCAGCCUUGAGCAGCAGAAGAGGAUGGCCCACCACCUCCACACCAUCUUGAAAGACAUGCUCUUGGUGGCACCCAUUGACCCCAAUGCAACUACGCUCCCUUCGCCAGAGCAACUCAAAGGGAAGAUCCUGGUGAAAGGGAAGAAGCUCAGCCCGGAAACAGAGGAAGUUUCGGAUGAGGAUGAAGCAGCAGAAAUGGACGAUGAGAUUGUGAAGAAAGAAUUCGAACAGAAGAGGAUGAGUGAGAAACUGAAGCUUGCAAAGGAGCUUUCCGACACGGUCGUCUACUGCAAAAGCGUCCACUUUAAAGGCUUCAAUAACACAAGUCCUCAAGCCUACAACGAGAUGUCGUCCUUCACCGAGAGCAAGGCUCUUAAGCUGGCUCAGGAAUCCGGAACCAGUUUCAUCCAUCACAACGUCAGGCAGCUAAGCAGGAUCUACCCAGCAGGACGGAGGACGGAUUCUUCGAACUAUAAUCCGGUCGACAUGUGGAACGUGGGCUCCCAGAUCGUUGCACUGAAUUUUCAGUACAAGGGACUAGAAAUGGAUGUCCACCAGGGACGAUUCCAGGACAACGGGUUCUGCGGGUACGUCCUGAAGCCGGAAUUUCUUCGGGACCCACACUCUGAAUUCAACCCCAAAGCCAUCACGAAAGGGCCAUGGUGGACCCCGAAGAAACUCAAAGUCAAGGUCAUCUCAGGACAGCAGCUGCCCAAGGUUAACAAAAGCAAAAACUCCAUUGUCGACCCGAGAGUGAUUGUGGAGAUCCACGGGGUCCAGAAGGACUACGACAAGAAGCAAACCAAAGUCAUUGAUAACAACGGUUUUAAGCCAACUUGGGAUGAAACGUUUGAAUUCAAAGUAAACGUCCCUCAGCUUGCCCUGGUUCGCUUCAUGGUGGAAGAUUUUGACACAGCGACAAAGAACGACUUCAUGGGGCAAUUCACUGCCCCAUUCCUGAGCCUAAAGCGAGGUUAUCGUCAUAUUCAUCUCCUGACGAAGAACGGAGACCAGUACUCCUCCGCCACACUUUUUGUGCACAUCGCUAUUGCAGACAGCGACUAAGUAACGUGUUCCGAAUGUUUGCAUUCCAAAUGGGAUUUGCUGCAAAGCUGUGAUUUGGUCCUGCUCUUUGGCCCAUUCGGAUAUGGCUGAGUGUCUUCCCAUAUAGUUGGGUUGGGCCAAACCUGUUCCUACCGACAUUAAACUUCGACAUCGAUAAGCUCAGCUCUUUCUGAAUCCUAGCUGCUGUAAUGAAGGGACACGGAAAGACAUGUAGCAUACUUGAGAAUUAGUCAAGUUCAGAUAUUAUGAGACUGAUUUAGAAGGCCUUGUAGCCCUGCAAGGUUUAUAUCCUGGCCUGUGUUCCAUUAGUGCCUUUGGAUCCAUUGCUCCCGUCGUUUUCCGUGUCUGAUCAAAACAAUAAUGCUUUCAAUUCCUUUGAAAUGCACAAGACUUGGAAUGGUGCAGACAUAAUUAAGUUUCCAUACAAGCUCAUCCUUUUAAGCAGGAGCGCUUGCAUUGAAGAAUUUGGCAUCAUGGAAAGAUGGAUCUUGCAAAUUGUGUCAAGUGUGGAAAACACCUCAGAUGACUUAAAAUCCACUUUUUCCAACCCAAGGAUUUGAUCACAGGAAGUUGCUAAAGCGCAGUACCGACAGGAUAAAGCACCUGUUGAAGAUGCUUAUUGCACAAUGUCAUGAUUGUUCUAUAUUCUCAGAAUGCUUCCAUCAUAAUUGCAUUGUCUGCCUUCACGGAUAGGAAAAACGGAUAAGCGGAUCCAAUAUUGAUAUUGUUCCACAACCCUUGCGUGAUAAUGUUCUUCCAUUGCAGUCCUGGUUUUGCAAAGCAAAAGGAAGGUCUCCCUAGAACGUUGAAACAUUGAGACUACGUGAAUGUGCCAUUGAGAUAAAAUAGGGAAGAAAUAAAUAAAAAUAGCAGAAAAAAUGCAGUGGGGAUGUGCUGGAUAGGUCAAACAUGGGUAGGAAGAGAGUUGUGAGGGAGACAGAUUGCAGGAAUUUGCAUCAAUAGAGUUCCAGAAUCACAUUUACAAACUCUAAAAUGAGGACAUUAAAUAAGGAACAAUAUUCAGAAAACAGUAGAAUUCCAGACAGGAAACAAGCAGGGCCAGCUAACAUCUCCCAACAAAGGAUUCUUCCAGGCAGGAAGCAGCAAUGCUAUUCAAUGCUAAUUAAGGUGGCCAAUUGCAACAUUCACACUUGCCUUAAGCAGAC